AUGCCAAAUAUAUCUGGGUGGUGUGACAUUUAUACAAAAGAAAGCGUCACAUUUAUUAAAGCUAAUUUUAUUGAAGAUUAUUGUGAAAGUUUUACUGAAGAUGUUUAUAUAUCGGAGAAAAGACUUUUAAGAAUUAAAGUGAGAAAGAUGUAUUUAUUUGGGAAGGGUCCAGCAAAACCAAAUUGUGUACCAGAUGGAGCUAUUUACUUGAUUAAUGGUUUAUAUUAUGUACCCUCUAAGAAGCACAAUUAUAUAACUAAUAUUUCUAAUGCAGCUGGAAGUAGACUUGCUUCAUCUAUUUGUAGAGAAUAUAUCAAUUUUAUAAAUGCUAAAGAUUUUCGUGCAGUUUCUGAGACAAGAGAUUUCAUUCGUCAAAUAUAUGGUUCAGACAAUAUUACUGGAUAUAUUGUUGGUGGAAAAGUUUAUAUAAAACCAUGUAUUGAGACUUCUGCAACGUCAAUAAUAUCUUCAAAAAAGAUUAAUGGUAUAUGUUAUAAAGAAACACCUGUUGUUAUACAUGGUAGUACUUUAAUGUUUUCUUCUAUUGGUAUUGAUUUGGAAUCUGAAGCAACAACUGUAGAUUGUAGUGUUAUGGAAAAAAGUAAAGUUGUAAUAUGGGAGGACAAUGUAUCCUUGAAAAUAAUUAUAUUGGGUUUAUCAAGUAUAUUGAUCUUUAUGCUAAUUUUAAAUUGUGUUUUAAUAUCAUGGUGUACGAGUAGAGAAAAUGAAAAAAUAGCUACUGAGAUGGAUUACAAUAAUUUUCUUUAUAAUCUAGCAAAUGAAACAAUAAAUGAGAAGUCUUUACAAAGGUCUUCUGCUUAUUCUUUAACGGCAGAUCAAAUCAAAGAAGCAAAUGAGGGUGGAAAAAUUAUGACACUUAAUAUGAAUACUUUAAACAAUGGACCAGUAAUUUUUUCAGAACCUUUACCACGACCUCAUCCAUUCGAUGAAUUUUUACAAUCUGAAGAUAAAAUUCUUGCUUCAUCAAUUCGUGUCUAA